AUGUCAACACCAGCUGCAGAGCAAAAGAAAUUAUUAGAACAGUUAAUGGGUAAAGAAUCCCAACAGAGUAAAUAUCAUAGCAAUAGUUACAAAAGCCGAUAUCAAAAUAACAGGGAAGAUCUAGGUUUGUACGACCCCAAAAUAUGUAAAGCAUAUCUGGUCGGUGAUUGUCCCUAUGACUUGUUUCAAGGCACAAAGCAAAGUUUAGGUAGAUGUCCACAGCUACAUUUGGCUAGAUAUAAACUACAAUAUGAAAAGGAGAAAAAAAAUGGUAAAAAGUUCCCUGAGUUUGAAAGAGAAUAUUUUAUUAUUUUAUCCAAAAUUAUUAACGAAUGUAAUGGACAGAUUAAAAUUGCGUUAAAGAAAUUAGAGCAUACCCCAGAAGAAAGAGCUAAGAUUCAAAGCAUUACUAAGGAAAUUGAUGUCAUCGACAAGAGAAUUGGAUUAAUGAUGCAAGAAAUAAAUAUUCUGAUAAAACAUAAUCAAGUGUCUAGAGCAAUGAGACGAUCUGUAGAAUUAGAAAAGUUGCAAGAGAGAAGAGUUGUCAUAGCCAAAAAGAUUAAAUUUAUUACAGAAAAUAUAGGUCAAAGUGCACAACAAAAAUUACAAGUAUGUGAAGUUUGUGGUGCGUAUUUAUCUAGAUUAGACACAGAUAGAAGGUUAGCCGAUCAUUUCUUAGGGAAAAUACAUUUAGGAUAUGUCAAGAUGAGGGAACAAUAUAAACUAUACUCUACAAAAAAUAACAAAGAAUAA